AUGAAAUCCAAACCGAAUUAUGCCUCGUACACCGCGGAUAGUUGGGAAUCGGACGGCAUUUCUGCGUUCCGGAACGCUUCCGGUCUUCGGGAGCUCUACCUCGGUGAACCUAUCACCUUCGACGGAGGCGGAAGGAGGAUGUUUCCAUGGUCCCAACUAACCGUCCUCUACUUCACUCAAGCGAUAGACCUCCCUCUCUGGGUCUCCCUGCUCAAGCUCUGCCAUCACGAGUCGGACGUUGCGAUCGAGUUUGCGAUGAAUCCCGUGCACGCUCACCUCGAGGACCUUCUCGACAUCCUUCUCGACAAGGAGAUACACCACAAGCGGUGUUUUGCCGCAGUUCGGCACCAUUACGACGUUAGCUUUGGCAAACGAUUGGUCGGCAUCACCACAAAUCCUAGAGGAGGAACCAUUCGCCGCUACUCCUUCAGUCGCAAAGCUCGCUUCGAUGAUCGACACGCCAGAAACACCAGGCCAAUUGAAGGUUUGACUCUCACGCAUCAGCCCACUGACGACGACAACAAUUCAGAGUGGUCUGACGUGGACUCUGAUCCGGAAGAGUCCACUAUACAAGCAUCAAACUUUAUACUACCGAACCUUUCUUCAUUAAUGCUCUCCAUCGCCGAACGCAUUGCGAAUGAAGAAAAGGACUUCCCAAUAAUCCUCAAGGCCAUGGAAUCUAUACUCGGGUCUCACACUGCGGAGGACCUCCCGUCAUCCUGCCGCCUCCAGAAGCUCCGUGUCACGUUCUCCUAUCCAAGUGAAUCGAUAAGUCUAGGCCUUAAAUCCCUUCUCGAAAGGUAUCCCUCACCGCGUUUCGACUUCGAAGUCGUCGACCUCCUCGUGGACACCAGUUCUUGUAUCGACAGUCUCUAA